UCGCAUCUACUUGUACAUCUGCGAUGCGAAGACAUUCUUCCCUGUUGAGACCAGAAAUUCCGAUCAUUCCAGCGAGCUCUCAUUGUAUCGGUCUCACGAAUGUUGGAAUCCGAAUAGAUUUUUCCAGUGUAAUUAGCCAAUAUAAGGUGAGAGAGGGAGCUCUUCUGCGUGCGCAAGGCACCGAGCCAGCAAGGCCAGGAAGUACAGCCAGAGCUACCUUUGGCGCAUACAAGACCAAGUCGAGCAACAGCCCUGUCAGAUCACGGACUGCGUGAUCGAACAGCACUUGAGCUGUGCAUGGACAAAAAUACUCACAGGAAGCGCGGAGUUGGCCGGACACGAAACCCGGCCCCCAGAAUUUUCCCAAUGAUUAAUAUGGCCGGACUAAGUUUUUGCGCUCAACGCGAAAUGAUAUGACGCGCGGCGAAACCCACAUGUGCCAUCAACGGUUACAGUGCCGCACACCACCAUUACCUGGCCCCCAGAUCCGGGACAUGAAGGCGUACCAAGAUUAUUCCAACGCGACAUCAGAGAGGACUACGCCUCGUGCUAGCUGCACAUUAACCCUCGGAACCGUCGUGUGAUGCACCACUUGACCGGGUCAACUCAACUUCCUAUUUCGGCUAUGAACCUUGUUCAUCCCACCCACCUCAACACCCAAACAGAAAGCUGGCAAAGUGAAAUCGCAUACGACACAGAAUAAGUUUCUCAUCAUGGUCAGCGGUCUAGACGGGACCUUCUCGUGGUUCACACGCGUGAGUGCCGUGCCACCGGUCGACAUAUUGUACGAAAGAUAAGUGAACAAGAGAAUACCAAUCGAUCCAUUUGCCUUUGUAUAUCACGAAGGGCUGUCUGUCGGAUAGCCCACACCCUCAGCUCAGUGCUAUCUUGGAUGUCUUAUUUUGAAGUCAUAUUUUGUGAUAUCCUCUCGCAUGGCCACGGCGCGUGGACCUGAGCGGACAGGUGUAGAGUUCUUAACUUGGCGUUAUCUGCGGGAGCUUCCUUUUUGUACACAUCCGCGACGAGAUACAAGUCCUCCGGAAGCAUCGAUUGGCUUCGAGGGAACAGGAGUUCCUGUCGUCCAGGCUGUCCUCCGCGUGCGUCACUGUGGCACCUGCUCUGCAACACGCCAUGACUGUUGAACAGUCGAUAAGGCUUGAAUGGCGUAUGGAAAAGUAUAUUAAGUGGAGCAAACAUGUUCGAGUUGAUAUAAAUUCAGCUCAGCAGACUUGAAAUUCUUGUAUUUGCAUCUAUCAAGCAAGAUGAAGCACUACCACUCUUUGAAACUGUUUUUGAUACACGGCCUGGCCGCUGCUAUCCCUCUGAACGGCAGACUCGAUGUUCGCCAUACCACUGAGACAGCAGAAGGCGGCAUAGUCGAUUGGAUCCCGAUUCAGUCUCAAGUCCCAAAUGGUAACGUCGCAUCACCACCUCCUCUCCCAAUUUACAACACCAUGGCCACUUUCAACACCUCUACUCCUCAGCCUUAUGAUUCCGAGAAAGGCCCCGAAGGAACGGUCCCCAUUCUCCGCAGUGCCAGAGCCUCGGUCAAUAAACAGCCUCCUCCUGGCAUUGGAUCUGAGAACGACCAUGUGAAGCGCGCCGUUGGAGACCACUGGUACGCCUCUUCCGCCCAAACGGUCGCCAACCACGGAGGCUCAGCCUCAUACUCCCUGUUCAAAGCCUACACAGAGUCUGGAGCCGAUUUCUCGCUUUUGCAGGCCGCCAUCAUCAGGACCGGCGUUCCCAAACCAGGUGACAACGGACAGCAGAUCACCCAGACUGUUGAAGCAGGCUGGAUCAACUAUCCCAACCAAGUCGCUGCUCCCCACCUCUUCGUCUUCUUCACCACCAACGGGUACUCUGCCCAGGGAAACAACAUCGGAGGAUGGAACAGAGAUGUCGCUGGUUGGGUCCAGACCGACAACACCAUUUUCCCCGGUGUAUCAUUCAAUCCCUUGUCGUCCCGCGGCGGCUCGCAAUACGACUUGUCGAUCAGGUGGUACCUUUACCAGGGCAACUGGUGGCUUUCCGUGCUGGACCGCUACAUCGGUUAUUACCCGGCUUCGUUGUUCGGCGCAGGGACAGACGCUUCGAGGAGUCUUCAGCAAGAAGCUAGCCACAUCAACUACUAUGGCGAGAUUUACGACAGCCACCCGCAGCUUACGAGGACCGACAUGGGUAGUGGGAACUGGCCAGAGAGUGGAUUUGGACAGAGUGGGUAUAUCAGGAACAUGGUUUAUACUGAUACUUCGAAUGUGGACCGCACGUACGAUGGAAGUAGAGGAAUCAUUAUCAGUGAUGCAAACCGGUACCGUAUGACCGCUUCUUGGAACAGCGGGUCCAAUUGGGGAAGUUAUUUCUACCUCGGUGGUCCCGGGGCCGGUGGAGUGAUUGACGGGUAG